CGCCAUCGAAGUCUCUCUAUCUCUCUUUCUCUCUCAAACUAUGAAGAUUAACGGGAACCGUCCGAUCAAUAUCUUGAUCAUCUUCUUCCUUCUUACGACGGCAAGAGCAAGAGGAAACUGGAGUAACCGAACCGUUCCUAGGGUUCAACACGCGUACUACGCAUAUCCUCACCGUUCAUGCGAGUCUUUCUCUCGUCCAUACGCACGCUCUAUGUGCAUUGAGCUCGAAAGAAUCCACAGAAGUAGUCGACAACCACUCUUCUCUCCUCCGCCUCCUCCGUCGGAGAUUGACCAAAGGUACGGCGUCGAGAAAAGACUCGUUCCCUCCGGUCCAAACCCACUUCACAACUGAUGAAACACGAAACCCUUCUUGUUGAAGAGACGAGCGAGCUAGCUAACCAGGGUUCUUGUCAGUCUUUUCUUGUAAAUCUUUGUUCUUUUACUUACUUUCUUGAUCUGUUUUGUAUUGUGCAACUACAACUACGUUUAUG